GAGCGUGCCAGCCCCGCCGGGAUCGUGAUCCGUGGGAGCGGGAACCAGGCGGUGGAGGAGCCAGGAAGGUGGUCAGCAGGUAGUCUGUCCUGGGUCCUGAGAACAGCUGGAAGGAAAUGUGGCUGCUUUCGGCCCUACUGAGCAUCCUUCUGGGGACACCAGCCUUGUUCCUUGAGGCCUCUGAGGAAAUGGAGCUGGAGCCCUGCCUAGCCCCGACCCUGGAGCAGCAAGAGCAGGUGUUGACUGUGGCCCUGGGGCAGCCCGUGAGGCAGUGCUGUGGGCGUACUGAGCGCGGUGGUCACUGGUACAAGGAAGGCAGUCGCUUGGCAUCUGCUGGACGAGUACGGGGCUGGAGGGGACGCCUGGAGAUUGCCAGCUUCUUCCCUGAGGAUGCUGGCCAAUACCUCUGCCUGGCGCGUGGUUCUAUGACUGUCUUACACAAUCUUACCUUGAUUGUGGUUGACUCCUUAGCCUCCAUCAAUAAUGAUGAGGACCCCAAGACCCUCAGUGGCUCCUCAAGUGGGCAUGUUUACCCCCAGCAAGCACCCUACUGGACACACCCCCAACGCAUGGAGAAGAAACUGCAUGCAGUGCCUGCCGGGAACACGGUCAAAUUCCGCUGCCCAGCUGCAGGCAACCCCAUGCCCACUAUCCAUUGGCUCAAGGAUGGACAGGCCUUCCAUGGGGAGAAUCGCAUUGGAGGCAUUCGGCUACGCCACCAACACUGGAGCCUGGUGAUGGAAAGCGUGGUACCCUCAGACCGUGGCACAUACACGUGCCUCGUGGAGAACUCCCUGGGCAGCAUUCGCUACAGCUAUCUGUUGGAUGUGCUGGAGCGGUCCCCGCACCGGCCCAUCCUGCAGGCGGGGCUCCCAGCCAACACCACAGCUGUGGUUGGCAGCAAUGUGGAGCUGCUGUGCAAGGUGUACAGUGACGCCCAGCCCCACAUCCAGUGGCUGAAGCACAUCGUUAUCAACGGCAGCAGCUUCGGCGCCGACGGCUUCCCAUACGUACAAGUCCUAAAGACAACAGACAUCAAUAGCUCAGAGGUAGAGGUCCUGUAUCUGAGGAACGUGUCGGCCGAGGAUGCGGGAGAGUAUACCUGCCUGGCGGGCAACUCCAUCGGCCUUUCUUACCAGUCAGCUUGGCUCACGGUGCUACCAGAGGAGGACAUCACGUGGACAGCAGCGGCAUCUGAGGCCAGAUACACAGACAUCAUCCUCUAUGUGUCAGGCUCACUGGCUCUGGCUGUGCUCUUGCUGCUGGCCGGGGUCUAUCACCGACAAGCGUUCCACGGCUCCCACUCCCGCCAGCCUGCCACUGUACAAAAGCUGUCCCGUUUCCCUUUGGCGCGCCAGUUUUCUUUGGAGUCGGGGUCCUCUGGCAAAUCAAGCCUGGCCCUCGUGAGAGGCGUCCGGUUGUCCUCCAGUGGCCCGCCCUUGCUCACGGGCCUUGUGAAUCUAGAUCUACCUCUAGACCCACUUUGGGAGUUCCCCCGGGACAGGCUGGUGCUCGGAAAGCCCCUGGGCGAGGGCUGCUUUGGGCAAGUGGUUCGAGCAGAAGCGUACGGCAUGGACCCCUCUCAGCCCGACCAAACCAGCACAGUGGCAGUGAAGAUGCUGAAAGACAAUGCCUCCGACAAGGAUCUGGCGGACCUGGUGUCCGAGAUGGAGGUGAUGAAGCUAAUCGGCCGACACAAGAAUAUCAUCAACCUGCUGGGUGUCUGCACUCAGGAAGGGCCCCUGUAUGUGAUUGUGGAAUGUGCCGCCAAGGGAAACCUUCGGGAAUUCCUCCGUGCCCGGCGCCCCCCAGGCCCUGACCUCAGCCCUGAUGGGCCUCGGAGCAGUGAUGGGCCACUCUCCUUCCCGGCCCUGGUCUCCUGUGCCUACCAGGUGGCCCGAGGCAUGCAGUAUCUGGAGUCUCGGAAGUGCAUCCACCGGGACCUGGCUGCCCGAAACGUGCUGGUGACUGAGGACGAUGUGGUGAAGAUUGCCGACUUCGGGCUGGCCCGCGGCGUCCACCAUAUUGACUACUAUAAGAAAACCAGCAAUGGCCGCCUGCCAGUCAAGUGGAUGGCUCCUGAGGCCUUGUUUGAUCGUGUAUACACACACCAGAGUGAUGUGUGGUCAUUUGGGAUCCUACUGUGGGAAAUCUUCACCCUUGGGGGCUCCCCAUACCCUGGCAUCCCGGUGGAAGAACUGUUCUCACUGCUGCGAGAGGGGCACAGGAUGGACCGGCCCCCGAACUGCCCCCCAGAGUUGUACGGGUUAAUGAGGGAGUGUUGGCAUGCGGUGCCCUCUCAGAGGCCGACUUUUAAGCAACUGGUAGAAGCGCUAGACAAGGUCCUGCUGGCUGUCUCUGAAGAGUACCUUGACCUCCGCCUGACCUUUGGACCCUACUCUCCCUCCAAUGGGGAUGCCAGCAGCACCUGCUCCUCCAGUGACUCUGUUUUCAGCCACGACCCCUUGCCACUCGAGCCAAGCCCCUUCCCUCUCCCUGGAGUACAGACGUGAGCAGGGGCCCCAUGUUGUACGAGCGGGUAGGUCGGUGGCAAUGGGCCUCCUGUUGGCAGCACCAGCCUCUGACUUGAGGCUACUGCUGCCCCAAAUCCUCUGGCCCUGCUUUGGGGAGGCCCAUUCCUGGUCCUAAGGUUCAUAGUUCAGGCCCUCUGCUCUAGCCUUAUGUUCCCAACCCAGAAUUCCACUCUAGUCUCAGGGUCUUGGCCCCGCCCUUGGACCUAUCUUCAGAGAAGCUAACUGUUAGGGCUUCAUGCUCUGGGCUUUGGCACUUAGCUUCCAUCUCAGGGGCUUGCUAGGCCUGGCUACAAAGCCUUUGUCCCAAACCUUUCUGAUUACCCAGACUACCUAGAGGUUAGAGGCCUCUGACCUCCUUGACCCCAGCCCCAAGCCUCACCUCCCAUCACUGUCCCAGCAUCUUGGUGGAAUGAGUACCAGCUCUGGUGUCCCUGAGAGACUAGAAGCCUGUGGAAAACACAGAA